AUGGGCCCAUUUCUCACGUACGAUGAGAUCAAACAAGUGGUCGCAUCGGGAGAUCUCAUUGAAAUACAGCGCUCGGGUUAUAAACAUUGGGUAAUAUGCGAGUCCAAUGACAAUGACCAGGGUGGUACUGUCUGGUGCUUUCACGUGUCGUCCAUCAACAGUAGGGCUAAGCAUAAGGUGUACGACGGGACUGAAGGGUGGGACAUGUGUCGAGUCAACAAUCAGGAACAGGAGGCCGACAAGACUGGACUUAUAGCCCGGCCACUGGAUCAGGUGUUUGAAGAUUUACGGACGUUAGUGGACCAGAAAGUGGAGUACAACCUCAAUCUAAGAAACUGUGAAUAUUACUGCACGCUAUGGAAGUAUGGCAUCGGGUGGUCGCAACAAGUUGAUAUGACCGAGCUCAAAGUAAUGGCCGGUAUAAUGGGUGUAGCGUUUGGAGGUUUGCUUAGUAAUAGGGCUGCCGUUGUUAUACCGGCGUUGACCCUCAUGUGCUCAUUAGUAAUACCGUAUUAUAUGUAUAUUGAGUGCAGACCCGAAAAUAUAAGUUUACACUGUAUUACAAUCAUUCUGAAGCAGACAUCCAUUUCCUCUCACCAGAGAUGGAAAGUAAUGAAGUAA